AAGUCAUUUGAUUUUGCCAGGAACUGAGUGAGUCGUCGUAAGGAGGAGCGUGCCGCCCGAGUGUCCGUGAACGUCCACGGUUGCCGCCGCCUUAUCCCUGUACAAUACUAUCUAUACGAGGACGAACCCACGAACCUCCCCCCUCCAUGGACAAGCAGCGACGUCAACACCACCUUCGGUUGGAUGGCGACGAGACAGGCUUCCAGGCGUCGUCCACGCGAUCCGGUGGACCAUCGAGUGCAGCCCCCAAGCCGUCGCUGUUCUACCGCGAUCUCAACUUCUUUGACAGGUCUGUAUCGACGACGUCACCAUCCUUGCACCCUGCGCAAACCUCGUCGUCGGACCCUCAGACGCACAUAGACUCGUCGAUGCUGUAUUACGACCACCCGGCCUCGUUUCCGUCGACAAACGUUGGGACGCCAGUAUUUCCCAAUCGUCGGCGAAAGAAUAGCAUUGAAAUGUUUCUCUCUCGGAGCCCCAGUCAGCAUCUCGGUAGCGAUUUCUUCAAGCUCGCGAUGGACGACCCGUCCGACUUUUCCCUCGACGACACCUCGAAUGAGGGGCCAUCCGUUGCCCGCCCCAUGCACAAACAACCACAGCUCAACCAACCCAUGCUUCAACCGCCACCUCCCCGCUUUGCAUCUUCCCGACACACAUACGACCACGACGAUCCUGCACCAGCUCCAUCAUGGUACAAUCACCCGGACGGCUUGGCAUCCCAUGCAUCGCAUGCACCACCAUCUCGUCACCGCCGCCAAGACUCCGACGACGAAGACAGCUCCAUGUAUUGUCACAUCCGGUCGUCCAAACCGUCACGCGUUGUCGCGUCCAUGCCACGGCAGCAGCACGACAGCAUGCGGCAAGAUGUGCAUCCGUUGGCGUCGUGGCAACACACUUCCCCGGGUGCUGCUUCGUAUGGUCGCCCCAUUCCUUCUGCGGCAAACUCUUCUCGGCGCUUUCUGAUGUCCCCCGACCUACGAAGCAACAACCACAGCGGGCCGACGAUGUUGAAGCCAUGUAAAUUUUUCGCCCAGGGCCACUGCCGCAUGGGCAACAAGUGCAAGUUUGCCCACAUGCAUUCCACAACUGCCAUGCAUUCCCAACCAAGUGGCGGGCCAGGGUCAGCUUCCUCGAGCUUUGACGAGAGCGACUUUCAUCCGUUUGGAUAUGUGCCGUCGCCUGAGCCAUCCCCAUUUCCGUCGAUUCUGUCGCUCGACGAUCUGCGCGGUCGGGUGUUUGCCAUGAGCAAAGACCAGAACGGAUGCCGCCUCUUGCAAGAACAACUCGACAACUCAGUUGACCAAGUGCAUCAUCCCCGGACAGCGACGGACCUGUGCGACGUCAUUUACACGGAAUCGCUACCGCACUUGGUGGACAUGAUGGUGGACCCGUUUGGCAAUUAUUUGUUUCAAAAACUCCUCGAGUGUGGCACGGAAUCCCAGCGGUUUGCCAUUGUCCAGCAGGUGGCGCACCACUUGGUGGCGGCUGCGCUCAACCUUCAUGGCACGCGGUCUGUGCAAAAAGUAGUGGAAAUUUGCAGCUCGUCGUCCAUGCCGCAGCUCGUGGAGCUUAUUGUAGACGCCCUCAAGGACGACGCCGUUCGAUUGUGCAUCGACUCGAACGGGAAUCACGUGAUCCAGCGUGCGCUUCAGUACAUGCCAGCCACGUACAACCAAUUUGUGUUUGAUGCAGUGUCUGCCGAGUGCACGGUGGUGGGCACUCAUCGCCACGGGUGUUGUGUUUUGCAGCGGUGCGUGGACGCUGCCAACCCAGCGCAGCGACGCGAAGUGAUUGCGCAAGUCGAGAAGCACGCGAUGAAGUUGAUGCAAGAUCCGUAUGGGAAUUACGUUGUCCAGUAUGUGUUGGAUGCGUGCUCGACCGCGGACGUCGUGGGGGUCAUGACCAAGUGUGUGGGCCACGUCCUCGAGCUGUCGAUUCAAAAGUUUAGCUCGAACGUGAUCGAAAAGUGCCUCGAACUCGCCCCAGACUACCUCUGCCAGACAUUUGUGCGAGAAAUCAUUGCAUCCCCUCGCAUGCACCGCAUGCUUCAAGACCAGUACGCCAACUACGUUGUCCAGCGAGCGCUGUCGGUGGCGUCGGAUGAAAACUGCCUCGAUCUUGUCACGGCGAUGAGGCCCCACUUGACUAGCAUGAAAAACACCCAGGGUGGCCGCCGCAUCCAAGCUCGCAUCCUCAAGCGGUUCCCCCACUUGGAUGUCGGUUGGGACCCUGACUUUGCCGACCUCGCGGCGGGGUCGCCGGCCACUGGCCCUCGACAACCUUCCAUCCCGCACCACUCUGGAGGAAGCUAUGGUCGGGUUGCGUAGAUGUAAAGUAUGUACCAUCAAGACGACUACUACUUGUGCCUCGUCCCGACUCGGUAGAUUCAACGUGUCGGUUGGUGUUGUGUGUCGGAAGGGGGCAUGUCGU